UCUCAUUUCAAAAUGGCGUCAAACGAUGAAUAUUUUGUCGGAAGGAGAAGUGAACUAAGUAAAUUAGAUGAGGAAUGGAGGGAUAACAGAAUAUUUGGAAUAUACGGUCUUCGAGCCAUCGGGAAAUCUUCCCUUGUAGCCGAGUUUAUUAAGACUAGGGGAAUACCAGCAAUCUUUUGUGAAUGUUCAACUGCACAAACACAAGGGUCGCUUACCUCAUUGGUGUGUUCAAAAUUAGGACUAGAACCUGAUACAAAUUUGGCUGAAUCCGACGCAUGGAUUGAACACAUUUGCGAAGCUCUUCAAGAGCACGAUUCAGACAUCACUGUAGUAUUCGACAAUGCUGAAGACACGAUAGAAAGUCCUGCAAGUGACAUAUUCUUAAAACUGUGUGAUGCCCUUGUCGAACACUGCCCUAAUGUCAAAACUAUUAUCAGUUCUACAACAAAAGUGAUUUUUCCGAAACUUAGUCAAGUUUAUUUUUCACUGGAACUCACCCCUCUCCGGCCAAAAGAAUCCUUGGAGUUAUUCACAGUUGCUGCCCCUGGUGUUGAUCUGGGGUCCUAUGCAGAUGCGAUUUUAGAACUAUGUGAAGGUUUGCCGUUGCUUAUCCUGCUGAUAGCAGCUGAACUCCAAGGCGACGGAGGCUUCAUCACACCUGCCGACAUGGUGGAGUUACUUCUAGAGUGUCGCCUUGAAACUGUCAGCAACAGUUUGUCUUACCCUAACGUAGGCGAGCCGGGUUCGAGUCCUGCCCUGGGCGCAUAUGAAGUUUACCGAAAGUUUAUCUUGAGACUAAAGGAAGUCUACAGAGAUAAUCUGGUAACCCUCGACUACAUACCCGGAUCUUUCACUGCAUAUCAUGCCAAGGAAAUGCUUGGGAUGGACUCAGAAGCACGCACAAAAGCCUUUGCUUUGAGACCAAUUCGAGUGAGGCAUGUUUUGAACUAUGACACCAGCGAUCAGCGAUUCAAUAUCCAAGGAAUUCUGAGAGAAGUUAUCAGAGCAAACUUUGCUAUCAAGAAUCUCGAAGAAAUACGUUCGAGAUACAGCAAAUUAUUCAGCAGAGUUAUGAAAGACAUCGCGCACCGGAUGGGUACGUGCGAAUAUACUAAGGCAAUAGCUGACUUUGCAGUGGAGCAGCCAAACCUGAGAAAAUUCUUGCACGAGGUUCACCACACAAAGCAGGACAACUACAAGUUCUUCAUAGAAGUAGCUACAUCGUGUACCGAUCUUAUUGAAAAGUUUAUGGCAGAGGAGAGUGAUACAUUCUACGAAGGGUGCCUUCAAUUGGCAGACAUGUAUGGAGAGGUAAAGGACAAAGCGACUGUUCAUGUAGCUGUGGGCAGCGUGGAGACACUGACGAAGGGAAAUCUGCAAAAAGGAGAACACAACUAUAUGCAAGCAUUACGAGUUCUUGGGAAAUCUGAGAAGUCGUAUGAGGUCGCAGUUUUGCUUAAGAAACUUGGAUGGAACAUUUUCAAACAAGGGUUCUGUGAACAAGCGAUUGGGUAUUACCAGAAGUCUUUGGACAUUUCCCAGCUAGGAGGACAUGAAUACGAGUCUCUAACAUUGGAAAAUCUUAGUGGAAUGGCGACAGCAUUUGUUGUUCUUGGAGAGUUUGAUACGGCAGAGAAGUACCAUUACUGCUGCCUAAAACGAAGUGAAAGAUUGCAAGGUAGAGUUAGCCCCAAAGUUGGAAGCACCAUAAACAACAUGGGACUUCUGUAUGAUCAGAAAGGAGAUCAUGUUAAAGCACUUGAACUCUUUCAAGAAGGUUUGGAUAUCAAGCGUAAAUGCCAGGCUGCUCCAAUAUCGGUUGUGUACUCUUUGAGCAAUGUUGCGAAUAGUUUAAACGGAAUUGGAAAAUUUGCAGAAGCCCAUGCACAUGUCGAUGAAGCCUUUGAUAUUCUUCAUAAUCAGAAAGUGCCAAUGCUAGACGGACUGUCGCUCAUGUACAACACGAGAGGAAAAAUUUUCGCAAACGAAGAAAGGUGGGGAAACGCAUGUUUUUCGUUUGCCAAGACGGUUGAACUGUCUCGAAAGAUUGAGCAAAAGAGUUAUAUCUUCAUGAAAAGACUGGUAAAUCUUGCCGAGGUACAAGAAAAGAAUGGACUUUACAAUGAAAGUCUGAACACGGCAAAAGAAGCUCUACAACUUGAAAAUGAGACAAACAAAUUGCUAGAUCAUAAUACUAUUGUCACGGAAUGUUUGCAAUGCAUGACUCGAGUUUAUGCGACUAUCAAGGAUGAUGAUAAUUUCAUCAAAUCUUUGUACUCUCUUGAAAAGGAGUGUAUGAGGCGUGAAAAAGUGUGCCGAAAGUACAAUAACAACCUGUGGAUGGACAAAGCCAAUGCUGUACUUUCGGACGUGCAUAACCGACUAAAAAGUCGAAACAUAAACGUCGUCGUAGCCGUAUAGAAGAAUUAUGGCGAAGAAAUGUGCAUACACAACAGUGUUUCUAAGGGCAUUACCUUCAGUAUUUCACAUAUUGUUGCAUAGGAGUACCCACAUAUAUCUACCAUUUCGCUAUAAUAACUGAAUGAAAUCUUACUUGCUUAAAUAAAUUUACACUCACAAGAAAACGGAAACCAUGGCUUAGCGCGUGUCAAACUGGUGUUGAAUUUAUUUGUCAGCAAAAACAUUUAAAACAAAACUCGCAACAGAAACCAUUUAGAAGGGAUAAGUGCACGUUCUUUAAUGUCGGACUUCAUGUAUUUGUAAUUCAUUAUGGCGGAUAGCGUUCGUGUUGCUAUUGAAAAUUGUUUGAGAAUAAUAGAAAUCAGAAUCAGCCAAAUAUGUGCACCACAAGAUCGAGAGGAUACGGAUGCCACAGUAAACAAAAGACAGCAGUGUCACUAUCUUUAUUAUGAAUCAAACGAACUACAUAGAUAAAGUUUACAGAUAACUCGUCAAUAUAAUGCAAUACUGAAAUCUUGAAAACAUCCUACAUGAUCAGUUCUAAAAUGAUAUUUUGAAUGAACUGUCACAGAUGAACAGAUGAAAUUCAGUUAAUAUCCAAAUAGUUCGAUUGACAGCUUUUGCAUAUCUUGCUUAAAAUUCACAAAUUAUUUACCAGUCGGAUACCCGGGCCGAUCAAUAGUAUUGAAAGAUGUCUAAUAAUAUAAUUUAAAAAAAAUAUACUGGAUAUUCUAUUAUUUUAUACUGUUAAUCGUUGUAUAGUUUAUAGUGGAUUUGUUGAUGUAUAAGUUGCAUUGAACAUCGAAUAUUUCUAGGCUUAAAAUUGCAAAAUUCUGUUGCGAUAUUGGCUGUUUGUUUUUUUGUACCAAUAAAUACAUACAAUCUUU